CUUGUGCUCGGAAAGAUUCGAAGUGGUGCCGCUACCUGAAGCUCGAAGUGUCAAAGCGAUUGUCGAUGCUCUUGAGUAUUUCGUCUACAACAUCGAAAUCAGUAUGUCGGAGGUGCUGGGGGAUAACACCAUUCGCGAGAAUGAUGAUCCUCGUCAAAGCAGCUCCGUAGCUCAGCACCGCCUCGUUACUACGAUCGGUGACAUUGUUCAAAUGGAUACGAAUAAUGUGGCAUUUAACGAGUACAUCCCGCCUGGACCGGGGCAGAACGAGGUCGGCUUCUCCAUUAGUGACGCUGUGGACGAGGACGACGCCUUCCCGUACCAACCCACGCGGGUGAGGCAGGAUGUAACUAUUAUCACGAUGGUUUCUUGGAACCGCCUGCCCGACAACAAGCCGAUCAUUGUACUCACUCGAUGGUGGUGUCUCCGCCUCCGACAGGGCGCCAUUGACGUCCCAUCUAGCGCAGUAGCGCGCAUACAGAACGGGAUCGAACACAUCGGCACCGCGAUGGUAGAAGCCGCACGAACUGCAGGCGCUCAAGGCAACAUGCAAUAAAAUGCAAAAGUAAAAAAAAAAU